AUGAAUAAAUAAAUUGUUAUUAGAACUGCAACUAAAAAAAAUUUCAUAUUUUCACAAAGUGUUCUUGAAUCUAGCUAAAAAUAAUCUCUAUCAUAGAAAUCUAGUAGACAUUAGAAAGUUAAAUCACAAGUUAUAUGCAACACACCUAUAGAAUAAGAAAAAUAUAAAACAGAUUUCUUCAAAUAAUAGAGCCUUUUUAGUGAGGAUUCCGAUAAUGAUUUAUUUCGCGAGAGUGCUUCAAAACAUCCGAAGACAGCUAGUUCGUUGAAGACAAGAUCAAAGAUCCUCAAUUAGAUGGCAUAUUUGACUUAAAAAAUGAUGCCUGAAUAUCAAAGAGGAAUGGAGCUUAUUUCAUAGGCCGAGUAAAAUGGAUUUGUUAUAAGAGGGAUAAAGUUCUGGAUUUGCGUAUAGACUAAAAUGACUAACCAAUUCAAGUUAACAAUCAGUAGCUGAG